CCUUGCUCAGUGUCCUAUCUCUGUCCUCACUGGCGCCUGAGCAGCCCUGAGGAGACUGCAGACCUCCAAGGUCACCGCGGACACCCCUUGCCACUGAGAGCCCCCUGCCCCCUCUCUGUCUCUGGACCCCCGAUCUGAGUCUCUGCAUGGCAGAUGAGGCGGGAGACCCACGCCCGGCGCCGGCGCCGGUCCGACGCCGCUCCUCGGCCAACUACCGCGCUUACGCCACCGAGCCGCACGCAAAGAAAAAGUCCAAGAUCUCCGCCUCGAGGAAACUGCAGCUGAAGACUCUGAUGCUGCAGAUUGCGAAGCAGGAGCUGGAGCGGGAGGCGGAGGAGCGGCGCGGAGAGAAGGGGCGCGCUCUGAGCACGCGUUGCCAGCCUCUGGAGCUGGGUGGGCUGGGCUUCGCGGAGCUGCAGGACUUGUGCCGACAGCUCCACGCCCGCGUGGAUAAGGUGGAUGAAGAGAGAUACGACGUGGAGGCCAAAGUCACCAAGAACAUCACAGAGAUCGCCGAUCUGACCCAGAAGAUCUUCGACCUCCGGGGCAAGUUUAAACGGCCCACCCUGCGGAGGGUGAGGAUCUCUGCCGACGCCAUGAUGCAGGCGCUGCUGGGGACCCGCGCUAAGGAGUCCUUGGACCUGCGGGCCCACCUCAAGCAGGUGAAGAAGGAGGACACUGAGAAGGAGAUCCGAGAGGUGGGAGAUUGGCGCAAGAACAUCGACGCGCUGAGUGGCAUGGAGGGCCGCAAGAAGAAGUUUGAGGGCUGAGCCGCCUGGCGGGCGGGGCGAGCAUGGCCGGGGUGAAUAAAGCGUAACCUGAG